AUGGAGGACGCGGCUGCAGCACACGAGCCACCUUCCAAGAUAGAGGUGGUGGAACACAGGGGCGUGCCGUCGCAAGAGCCCGUGCACCGCCCGGACCUCGAAGAGGUGCCGAAUGAGCCCCAGGCACAACUCACUGAGCCUGUCGAACAUGAGCAUACCAGAACAGUCAUGCCAGAGUCGCAUGCACCUCAAGGCGAGGAAAGCUCACAUCCUGAACAAAACGUUGAAGCACUGCCACCUGCGGGCUCUGGGCGCGUGGUCCCUUUUGCGCCCAAGGACGUGGACCCAGGCACAGUGGAUGCCGCCGAACAAGCUCAGGCCCAAGGUGCCAUAGCACAGGAACGAGCUCAUCAGCUUGAAAUGGAUCGCUUGCUUUGGAUUUCUUUGCCUAAAAAUGACCAACUGGAUUACCAUAUUGAGCAUGAUAACUCAGACGAAUGGCCGGAGCUCAACGAGCCUGGGCCCUCGGGUUUCAGCAACCGCGGUCAAAAGUUGCAUGCGCAUAAUGGUGUGCGUUGGAUGCAUCGCGGAAAACUUGGGACGUGGACUGAAAGGCGCAGUGACUAUGAGUUGCGAGAACGUGAAGAGCGUCGGAUCGACGCCUUUCAGCAUGCAAGUGUGGAUGCUAUGCUAGAGGCGGAGGCAACCGGACCAGGAGGCAUGGGUGGUAUUUGGCGAACACAAGUCCUACCAAAGCGACGUGGACGACACAGUGAUCAUUAUGCGUCAAAACGCGCCAAAACACAGCUUUGGGAUCCUCAAGCCAAAUACGACCUCGUGGAAGAUGCAUGGGAGGAGGAUGACAAGAAUGCACGACAUGCAUCCACCCUUGCUUUUUCGCUACUAGUGCCUGUUCUCACGGCCAGAGGUCUCUUGGAAAGCAAACUGCUGAAGCAAAGCUUCCGCAACCCGCACCUGACGUCUCUCAACCGAGCGGCUUUGAAUUUGAUUGAGAAUGAACAUGUCAUGUAUCGCGCUCUAGGGCGAUGCUUUGACACUAUGGAGCAUUUAACCGGAAAAGAAGGACCCGUGCCGGUGAAACACGACCAGCACCAUACAGAUGUCACCGUGCCUAUGGACUACGUCCCGCCCUUGGCUCAUAUGAAUGACCUAUUUAUAACGAACGAGGGUUUUACUGUCCCUGUUUCGUCCUCAGAACACGAAAAUGAAACGAAUUCGACGUACACACUUUCUGCGGAUGAACAGCGAGAAAUUGUGUACUCGAGCUUACAGUGCCUGAAUGAUUUGCAUGCUGACAGCCGCGAGUACAUGGAACGACUAGGCGAAGUUCGUAUGAUGCUGGCAGAGGUGCGACGCGACAGGAAUCAUAUGUGGGGGAUUAUUCGGAAAUGGGCCUUGGAGCGUGAGAGCCUAGAUUAUCAGGCAAGCUUACGUCAAAGAAGGCAUCGAGCUGGAAUGGAUGAUAUGGUUGAUGCAUCAUCUUCUCAUGAGGCCGCCCAUGAAAAAGUACAUCACAUGAACGACAAUGCUCCUGAAUCUGAAUCAAGGCGGACUGAGUGGUCUACGAGUAAUCGAAAUCGGGGGAAACGACGUUCUGGUCGAUAG